UUAACAUCGCCGCGUGCACGCAUGCGGUCAACCUGAAUCUGAGAACGUGGAUAGAGCAUUAAGAGUUUAUUUAAUUGAUCGAAGUACGCAUCGGUAUGUUUUAGCACCUAAAUGUCCUUGUCACAGUGGAUUUUAUAGGUUCCACUAUUCACCACGCAUACACGAUGGGGAAGAUUCUCAAAAAGCGGAGCGUGGCGGACAAAGUUCGCAAACUUAAAGCCUCUGCUGAGAUCAAGAACAACCCUUUUGAAGUGAAAAUUAACCGCAAGAAGUUUGAUGUGCUGGGGAGGAAAGGCAAGCACGAUGUUGGCCUCCCUGGAGUGUCUCGCUCCAAAGCCAUCAACAAGAGGAAGGAGACCCUUUUGAAGGAGUACAAGCAGAAGAAUAAGAGCAACAAGUUCAUAGACAGGCGUAUCGGUGAGUACGACUCCAAAAUGGCGCCAGAAGAAAAGAUCCUGCAGAGGUUUGCCAUGGAGAGACAGCGCACCCAUGACAAGAAGGAUAUGUACAAUCUGAACGAGGAGGAGGAGCUGACUCAUUAUGGGCAAUCUCUGUCCGAAAUGGACAAGUUUACAGACAUGGUGAACAGCGACGACGAAUCGGAUGAGAAAGGGCUUUUGUCAGCUGAGUUGACAGCCUCUCACUUUGGCGGUGGGGGCCUCCUCAGAAAAAAGACUUCCGGAGAGAAUGCCGAUGACGAGGGCGGUCCUAAAGCCAAAUCCAGACAGGAGCUUAUUGAGGAGCUCAUUCACAAGUCCAAACAGGAGAAGAGGGAGCGUCAGGUGCUAAAGGAGGAGGCACAAGUGCUGACGGAGAAGCUAGAUGAGGAAUGGAAGAGCAUUCAGGCAAUGAUGGUGCGAAAGAAGCCCAAAGGUCAGCGGGAACAGACGUCAGAGGAGAAACCAAAGCUGGACGAGUAUGACAAGAUGGUUAGGGAGCUGGGCUUCGAGAUGAAGGCUCAGCCAUCAGAGAAGAUGAAGACCUCUGAGGAGAUCGCCAAGGAGGAGCAGGCGAAGCUGCAGAAACUAGAGGCGGAUCGACUGAGGAGGAUGUUGGGCGAUGAAGUAACAGAAGGCGCGCCGACUCGGACUCACAUGUCGGCUGACGACCUCAACGACGGAUUCAUUCUUGACAAAGAUGACAUGAAAACUCUGGCUUAUCAGGAUGGCAAAUGGAACCUUGAGGAAGAAGAAGAUGCAGAAAAAAGUGAAGAGGAAGAAUCUGAGGGAGGCGAGGAGGCGGACGAAGAAGAAGAAGAGGAGGAGGAAAAUGAGGAUGGUAGUGCCAACGAGGAAGGGAAUGAGGAGGAGGAAGAGAAUGGAGAUUCAGACUUGGCAUCAGAACAAGAAAGCGAGGAAGAGGAGGAGGCUAAAGAAAUGAAGAGCCAAGAGGAGAGGAAGGCCCAGCAGGAAGCAGCCAAAGCUGAGCUUCCAUACACCUUUACUGUUCCAGAAAGCUCCCAAGACCUUGAAAAGCUACUUCGUGGUCAUAGCCCUGACAACCAGCGCCUCAUCGUGGCCCGAACUCAGAAGUGCAACCACCCUAGCCUGGCUGUGGGAAAUAAGAUCAAACUGCAGAAACUGGUGGGUUUUCUGUUGGAGUACCUGGGAGAACUGGCAUCUCGGAAUCCGCCUGAACUCACAACUGUCGACAAGCUUAUUCCAGAGGUGUACAGCCUGUGUCAAAUGUUUCCGGAAGCAACCUGUAAGUCCAUGCAGACAAUCAUUGGAGAUGCUGCUCACAGCAUGGAAGAAGUGCUAGAAGUCAAAGGCAAUGCUGCUUUCCCAACACUUGACAUGCUAAUUUAUCUGAAGGUGGCGGCAUUGCUGUUUCCCACAUCUGACUUCCGACAUCCUGUCACGACACCAGCACUGCUUUAUAUUGGUCAAGCCCUCACAAAGUGUCCAGUGAGAUCAUUAGAGAACGUGACGUCGGGUUUAGUUUUGUGCUGUCUGGCAGUGGACUACAUCUCCUUUUCCAAGCGUUUCCUGCCUGAGCUCAUCAAUUUUCUUUCUGGAAUUCUGCACCUGGCUGUGCAGGACAAGACCUCAGCAGAUUACAGUGUCGUUCCACCUUUUAAGAGGAUGGGAAAACACAGCAAUCUCUUGGUGCUAUCAAACCCGGAAUCUUUAAAGAGUUGGAGUAGGAAAACGUUGCCGCUGUCUGCCACACUGAACCUAAAGGAUGACCUUGAUGCAGAUCACUACAAGUUGUCUUGCGUGUCCACGUGCAUGGAGCUGCUAAACAGAUGCUGUGUGCUCUACAAGGACCUGGUUUGCUUCACUCACAUCUUCCAGCCAAUCAAAACGCUCCUCUUGCAACACAUCUCCUCUCAGUUAUUACCAGAGUCUUUAAGGGCACUUAAAGCUGAGAUCCUGGACACCCUGGGUGGACCGCCGCAAAUCCACAGCCGCUUGGUAUUCGAGAAGAAAAAGCCUGUCCCUUUGAAGCUAUUCACGCCCAAAAUUGUGGAAGUGUUAGACUAUGGGAAGAAGCGCGGCGUGACCAGAGAACAAAAGGAAGAGCACCGAUUGCGUCACAAGUACAAGAAAGAGUUCAAGGGAGCCCUGAGGGAGAUACGGAAAGACACUCGCUUCCUGGCCACCGAGAAACUUAACGACAUCAUGAGAAGAGACGCGGAGAGGAAGAGGAAAGUGAAGGAGCUCUUCGGCAGCUUGGCCACACAGGAGGGAGAGUGGAAGGCGCUCAAGAGGAUGAAGAGGAAGUGAGCGCCCCCGCCUACUACUUGACACACACAUUUCUAUACUUUUUUUGUCAACUACUCUCUUCUGGACACUUUCAUCUUGGACCUCAUGUCAACUUCAACAAUACAGUGAUCAGGUUUACUAGUACUAUGUCUACUUAUUUGCUGUCACCAUUUCAGGGAAGUUCAAGAAUAAUUACCUGAUGGAAGAGGGUUCAAAUGUGUGAAUUGUUUUAGGUAAACGUUUUUAACUCAUUCACUGCCAUUUAUAGAGAUAUACAUCAAAUCCAUUUGAACAGGGAUGGCUGGCUUUGACUGAUCAUUUUUCACUGCCAUUGACGGCGAUAGACGUUCAGUCCAAUUUGACUGGGAGGGGCGAAUGAACAAUAUUGUGACGUCUAGCCCAGUCAAUGGUGCCCAGUGAGUUAAUAACGGCGCACAUAUAUUCUUAUUUUUUAUUGCUAAUAUACCUAUAGGGAAUUGUUUGGACAGCUGAAAUGUGUGUAAAUUUGAUUGUGAACUUGUUCUAUUCUAAUUUGUAAUAUUUUUUGAAGCAGUUUGUACUAAAUGCACGAUGUACAAUAUCAUUUUUACAUAAAAUCCAAUAUGUCAUCAUUACUGCUCCUCAAAACCAUCCAUUUCACUCAUCAAAUAUGUAUAAAUAAAUACUAUUCAUAAUUUAUGUAUUAUGUGGUGGAAAAAGCUACCAUUUUUUAAAAUAAUGUAAACAAUACACAACUUAAUCCUAUCUCCCUGUGUGGAA